AUGCUGAAUGCCCCAACAGCUGCCAGGCUCAGAGUUGCCGCUAACGAGAAAGCAGAGGCUGAGAAAAUUCUCCAGAUCAAGCGGGCUGAGGGGGAGGCCGAGUCCAAGUACCUAUCAGGCCUCGGCGGCAUAGCCCGCCAGCGCCAGGUCAUUGUGGAUGGGCUUAGAGACAGUGUUCUCGCCUUCCCUGAAAAUGUGCCCGGUACCUCAGCUAAGGAUGUCAUGGAUAUGGUCCUUGUGACCCAAUACUUUGAUACUAUGAAGGAAAUUGGGGCUUCGUCAAAAUCAUCAGCUGUUUUCAUCCCUCAUGGGCCUGGGGCCGUUAAGGACAUUGCCUCUCAAAUUCGGGAGGGCCUUCUUCAAGCUGAAAGCGUUUGA